CAAGCACUUUUAUCGUCCAGAGCACUUCGAAGUUACUUUCUCUUCUGAGAAGGAAACACCUUGAAUUUGGACACAUAUCAAGAUGCUCUGAAGAAUAGCAACAGCCCUUUGGGGGAUAGCCCUUUCAACAUCAUGACCAAAGACAAAGAAUUUGUCACCAGAAGCUUUUGCUUUGUGUACAUUGUGACCUUAAUAGUUGGAACCAUAAUCCAGUUCUCUGAUGAAAGUGAAUUUGCAGUUGACAUGUCAAAAAUGAAACUUACUCAUGUUCCAAAAGACCUGCCACCAAAAAUCAAAGUCUUAGAUCUCUCUCAAAACUACAUAUCCAAGCUUCACCUCUCUGACAUUAGCUACCUCUUGGGACUGAACGUUUUGAGACUUUCCUAUAAUAGACUCCAGUGGCUUGAUUUUAGCAUUUUCAAGUUCAACCAGGAUUUGGAAUAUUUGGACUUAUCUCACAAUCAGUUGCAGAAGAUGUCUUGCCAUCUUAUCAUGAGUCUGAAGCAUUUAGACCUCUCCUUCAAUGACUUUGAUGUCCUGCCCAUCUGUAAGGAAUUUGGCAACUUGACACAACUAAAUUUCUUAGGAUUAAGUGCUGCAAAGUUACGACACUUAGAUCUGCUACCAAUUGCUCAUUUGCAUCUAAGUCACAUCCUUCUGGAUUUAGAAAGUUAUUAUGCAAAAGAAAGUGAAACAGAAAGUCUUCAAAUUCUGAAUACAAAAACACUUCACCUUGUUUUUCACCCAAAUCAGUUAUUCUCUUUCCAAGUGAAUAUAUCAGUUAACAGUUUACAGUGCUUACAACUGACUAAUAUUAAGUUGAAUAAUGACAACUGUCAGGUUUUAAUUAAAUUUCUCUCAGAACUCAGUAGAGGUCCAACUUUACUGAAUUUUACUCUCAAACAUGUGGAAACAACUUGGAAAUGCUUGGUUAGAGUUUUUCAGUUUCUUUGGCCCAAACCUAUAGAACAUCUCAAUAUUUACAAUUUAACAAUAGUUGAAAGCAUUGAUAAAGAAGAUUUUACUUAUUCUAAAACAGCACUGAAAGCACUGAAAAUAGAGCAUGUUAUAAACAGAGUUUUUAUUUAUUCACAGACAGUGUUAUAUACAUUUUUUUCUGAGAUGAACAUUAUGGAGUUAACCCUAUCAGAUACACCUUUUAUACACAUGCUUUGUCCUCAGACAUCAAGCACAUUUCAGUUUUUGAACUUUACCCAGAAUGUUUUCACAGAUAGUGUUUUUCAAGAUUGUUCCAAACUAGUUAAAUUGGAAACACUUAUCUUACAAAAGAACAAAUUAAAAAACCUUUACAAAGUAGGUCUCAUGACUAAGCAUAUGACAUCUUUGGAAAUAUUGGAUGUUAGCUGGAAUUCUUUGGAAUAUGAUAGACAUGAUGGAAAUUGCACUUGGGGUGGGAGUAUAGUGGUGUUAAAUUUGUCUUCAAAUAUACUUACUGACUCUGUUUUCAGAUGUCUACCUCCUAAAGUCACGGUACUUGAUCUUCACAAUAACAGAAUAAGGAGCAUUCCUAAACCAAUCAUGAAACUAGAAGCUUUGCAGGAACUCAAUGUCGCUUCCAAUUCUUUAGCCCACCUUCCUGACUGUGGUGCUUUUAGCAGCCUUUCCGUACUGAUCAUUGACCAUAAUUCAGUUUCCAGCCCAUCAGCCGAUUUCUUCCACAGCUGCCAGAAGAUUAGAUCCAUGAGAGCAGGAAACAAUCCAUUCCAAUGUACAUGUGAGCUAAGAGAAUUUAUCCAAAGUGUAGGCCAAGUAUCAAGUGAAGUGGUAGAGGGUUGGCCUAAUUCUUAUAAGUGUGACUAUCCAGAAAGCUAUAAGGGAACCCCACUAAAGGACUUUCACGUGUCUCAGUUAUCCUGCAACACAGCCCUGCUGCUUGUCACCAUUGGGGUCGCUCUGCUGGUGUCUACUGUUACUGUGACUGCCCUCUGUAUGUACUUUGAUCUGCCCUGGUAUCUCCGGAUGGUGUGUCAGUGGACCCAGACUCGGCGUAGGGCAAGGAACAUACCCUUAGAGGAACUCCAAAGAAACCUCCACUUCCAUGCUUUUAUUUCAUACAGUGAACAUGAUUCUGUCUGGGUGAAGAUUGAAUUUUUACCUUACCUAGAAAAAGAUGAUUUAAUGUUUUGUCUCCAUGAGCGAAACUUUGUUCCUGGCAAGAGCAUUGUGGAGAAUAUCAUAAACUGCAUUGAGAAAAGUUACAAGUCCAUCUUUGUUUUGUCUCCCAACUUUGUUCAGAGUGAGUGGUGUCAUUAUGAACUCUACUUUGCCCACCACAAUCUCUUUCAUGAAGGAUCUAAUAACUUAAUCCUGGUCUUGCUGGAACCCAUUCCACAGAACUGCAUUCCCAGCAAGUAUCACAAGCUGAAGGCUCUCAUGACACAGCGGACUUACUUGGAAUGGCCCAAGGAGAAGAGCAAACAUGGACUUUUUUGGGCUAAUAUUAGAGCUGCUUUUAACAUGAAGUUGACAUUAGUUGCUGAAAACAAUGAUGCAGAAACUUAUAAAAAGUCAGGAAAUUAAAGAAACCAUCAUUAACUUGGAUUCUGAUGAACAUGAUGGUUUUAAGUUUCUGUCUAGAUGAUACCUCUAUUAUAUCUACACAUUCUCGGAAGACUUAAUGAUAACUAGGUUUCAGCUAAGCUUGGAAACAAGGCUGCAUGCUGAGGUGGUGCUCAAAUUUGUUACAGGUAGCUCAGUCUCUUCUGGUUCAACCAUUCUGUUGAACUCGAGUGGAAACACUCGAGUAAAUGGUCAUUCAGGGAACUUUCCUCUCCCUUCUCCUUUCCCAAAUGGCUUCUGUAUGAGCAGGGGUUUAUGAGACUUUAUGGCAGCAAGGAAAGUCAACCUCAGAAUUAUACCCAAUGGCUCUUGGAGUGUCUCAUUGAACUCUGGGUGAACUUUGUCAACCUGUUCAACUUUGAAGCUUGGGAAAAACUGAGACUAGUGAUGGAAAAUAAAGAAUUUUUUGUUCA